AUGACGGUGUUGAAAAAGAUGGGGGUCUUCAAGCUGCCGUUUCGACAAUCAGGUAACACGACGUCGUCUUCUUCCUCCACGUUGCAUCACCACCACAAUCAAACUAACCAUCACAUGGAGGGAUCGGAAUCCGCAUGCUUCCAAUUCAGUGUCUUCGUUGCGAGGUCUAUUUUGCCGACUCGCCGUCGCCUCAAACUCGACCCUGCCAAAAAACUAUUUCCUUAUGAACCUGGCAAGCAAGUGAGAAGUGCAUCAAGAUUAAAACACCAGCGGCAAUCACAUGUAGCUUUCAAGUUUCAAACCACAGCACCAAAAAGCUGCUUUAUGCGUCCUCGGGUGCUUCUUGCUCCUGGCGAGAGUCUCAUAGACAUGGUAUGAUCUAUUGUCUUCAAGUUUGUGGAGGUACCAGAGAACAAUGAAAAGCCAAUGGAUCAAAAGAGUAGGGAUAAGUUUAAAGUGCAGUUGAAGGUGAAAGGAGAGAUGGACUAUGUUCCUGAACUGUUUGAUGAGCAAAAGGAUCAAGCAGCACAAGAGCAAAUAUUGCGAGUUGUCUUUCUCAAUCCCGAGCGUGCUGAUCCUGUAAGCUUGGAAAAGUUGAAGCGAGUUGGCAGAUGUGAUGCUGCAGUUGCAGCGCAAGAAGCCUCAGAAGAUGCAGGUCCUAAGAUUAUUGGUGAAGGGCGUGUGAUAGAUGAAUGGAAGCAGCGUAGGGAAAGAUACCUUGCUCGACAGCAGGUUGAAGGAGUAGAUCAGUAUAGAAUGGUUAUGCUUCUGUUUGCUUUGCCAUGA